AUGGCGGCGCCCGCGCUCCCUACGCCGCGGUACGAGCACGUAGGGCCGCACGGGCCCUUCGGGGAUGUGUACGAGCCGGCUGAGGACACCUUUCUGCUGCUGGAUGCGCUGGAGCAGGACGCGGAACGCCUGCGGCAGGCUGGAGUUGAGAUCUGUCUUGAAAUAGGAUCCGGAUCUGGUGUGGUUUCAGCAUUUCUAGCUUCCAUUAUUGGAUCCAGUGCAAUAUAUAUAUGUACAGAUAUCAACCCAAUGGCAGCUCAUUGUACACUGGAGACAGCUCUGCUUAACAAUGUUGACCUUCAGCCAAUCAUUACUGACUUGGUCAAAGGACUGUCUCCAAGAUUAAAUGGGAAGGUUGAUCUACUCCUAUUUAAUCCACCAUAUGUGGUAACACCUUCUGAAGAGGUGGAAAGCCAUGGAAUAGAGGCAUCCUGGGCUGGUGGCAAAAAGGGCAGAGAAGUAAUGGAUAGAGUUUUUCCAUUAGUACCAGACCUACUUUCACCAGGAGGAUUAUUCUACUUGGUCACAAUUAAAGAAAAUGAUCCAGAUGAAAUUCUGGAAACAAUGAAGAAAUGUGGCUUAGAAGGCACACGAGUACUUUCCAGGCAAGCAGGACAAGAGAUGCUUACUAUCCUCAAAUUUAAGAAGUCUUAACCUUCCAGGCAGAUGGAAAGUUCCACAUAGAGUACUGAAGCUGUCAAAUCAAUUUUUUUAAGCCAAGAUUUUUGGUCUCAUAAGGGUAUUGAUUACAGCAGUGAAACUGAUUGAGACUCUUGUUUUGUUUUGGGUUUUUUGGUAUUCUGAAUGUUAACCAGCUAUUAUCCACUAU